GCCAGCGCGCGCGCUAAGGAUUUUUCGAUGGCUGGGCAGAGGCUGGCGGCGGGCUUCCUGCAGGUGCCCGCGGUGACACGCGCCUACACCGCGGCCUGCGUCCUCACCACGGCCGCAGUGCAGCUGGAGCUCCUCAGCCCCUUCCAGCUCUACUUCAACCCGCACCUGGUGUUCCGGAAGUUCCAGGUCUGGAGGCUCAUCACCACCUUCCUCUUCUUCGGGCCCCUGGGAUUCGGCUUCUUUUUCAACAUGCUCUUCGUGUUCCGCUACUGCCGCAUGCUGGAGGAGGGUUCUUUCCGUGGCCGCAAGGCUGACUUCGUUUUCAUGUUUCUCUUCGGUGGUGUUCUUAUGACUCUGCUGGGAUUCCUGGGCAGCCUGUUUUUCCUGGGACAGGCCCUCAUGGCCAUGCUGGUCUAUGUAUGGAGCCGUCGCAGCCCUCACGUGAGGGUCAACUUCUUCGGCUUACUCAACUUCCAGGCACCAUUCCUGCCCUGGGCCCUCAUGGGCUUCUCGCUGCUGCUGGGCAACUCGGUUGUCACAGACCUGUUAGGGAUCCUUGUGGGCCACAUCUACUACUUCCUAGAAGACGUCUUUCCCAACCAGCCCGGAGGCAAGAGACUGCUGCUGACCCCCAGCGUGUUGAAGCUGCUACUAGAUGACCCUCAGGAAGACCCCGAUUACCUGCCCCUUCCCGAAGAGCAGCCAGAGCUCUAACUGCAGCUCCUGGAGCAGGAAGCCCACUCUGACAGCACUCUAUCCUUCCCUCCACCUCAGCUCCAGCUGAGCAGCCCACCUCGGCCAGCAACACCCUCCACUUCCCUGUACCAUCUCUGCUCAGCGGUAAUGACAGGACACAGGGCCCAGAGAGGUCCCGGACUGCCUGCAGAUGCUGAGCAGAGUUCUGAACUAGGUACCCACAGGCCUCACCUUCACAUUGCCUAUGCCUCCAUGGAGACCUCAGCCCAGUCAACAGGAAUCCCACCGUGGUGCCUCUGGGCUGAUGCCACCCCCUAGCCUGUCUUCAUUUAAAGCAAGCAAGUCUUCACCUUCUCCAGCUGGUGACACACAGGUCCCAUGGUCUCAGGUGCAGAGGACAAGCCUGACCCUCUGCCAUGCUAGUGAGCCCAGGGCCUUGAGCUCUAUUUAAGCAGCAGCCGUGUACAGUGGAGGUAGAUCUGGGACAUUCCUUCCAUUUGCCUUGUAGCGGAAGGCCUGUGCAGGCCUUCCUACCUAGCUUUCUUUGUUGCUCUACAUGUGCCCCACGGGGUUCACUCAGUACGGGAUUUCCCCAAAUCUGGCCUGUUAUUUCUAUGGCAUCAAAAAUGUUUUCUACUGA